AUGGUAACAGAGUGGGUUGAUCAGAGAGAAAUCUUGAACCACGGGAGCGUUGAAGGUUUUCUAAGCAGCUGCGAUUGGAAUUCAGUGGUGGAGAGCAUAUGCGCGGCAUGGCCAAUGAUGGUUGAUCAACACCUGAAUGCGAGGAUGAUGGUGGUGGAGGAAAUCAAGAUUGGACUAAGAGUCGAGACCAAUAUGUCAAGAAUUCUGCACAAGAUCGAGGAGAAGCUUCACAUACACCACAAACAUGGAGAUGAUGAUAUUCAUGUAACUCAAAACAAUCCUGAAGAGCCCCAUGUGAUUAAUGAGGAAAGCAAAGUUGAUAAGAAAGAGGAAGUUGUUGAUCAUAAGAAAAGGAAUGUGGUGAAAAAAAUUGCUGGGAAAAUUGCCAAAAAAAUGAUACAUGCUCAUCACAGAACCCCUAGAGAGGAAGGCGAAGAAGGCGAAGAAGAGGAAGAGGAGGGAGAAGAGGUAGAAGAAGGAGAAGGAGAAUCCGAAGGAGAAGGAGGUUGUUUUGGAUUUGAACUCGAUUUUGACUUUUGA